AUGACAUCGGAGACGUCACGUCUCAUGGAGGCCAUGGAUGGCAUUAUCGACGAUUCAGUUACCCCUAUACGAACUCGUUCUCUCUUUCAUCGUCUAAUUGAUUCAUUCAAACGCACUGCAUCACUACAGAAUCCCUCUACCAUAAAAAUGAAUGCAAUGGGGGCUGAAGAAAGCGAUACGAAAGCUGGUUUGCACCGUACAUUGAAGAAUCGUCACUUACAAAUGAUCGCUAUUGGUGGGUCGAUUGGCACUGGUCUAUUUGUUGGAUCGGGCUCGGCUUUAGCUUCAGGCGGUCCUGCUGCUCUCGUGUUGGAUUUCGCCAUCAUCGGUUUCAUGCUCUUCAACGUUUGUAAGGCUCUUGGUGAGUUGGCCGUAAUCUUUCCCAUCUCUGGUUCCUUUACCAUCUAUGGGUCUCGCUUUCUCGAUCCCGCGUGGGGUUUUGCCAUGGGCUGGAACUAUACACUCAGUUGGUUGACUGUUAUGCCGCUGGAAUUGACUGCUGCUGGUAUCGUCAUCGACUAUUGGGGUGAUACAUUCAAUCUCGGUAUCUGGAUCACUAUAUUUCUAGUCAUCUUGCUCAUUAUCAACUUGUUUGGAGUCCGUGGCUAUGGUGAAGUCGAGUUAUACAUGUCCAUCAUAAAAAUCUUAGCUCUUAUCGGAUUUAUUAUUCUCGGUAUUGUCCUGACCGUAGGAGGCGGACCGACCCACGAAUUUUUGGGCGGAAAGUACUGGCACGACCCCGGAGCUUUCGCGGACGGAUUUAAAGGUGUAUGUUCGGUGUUUGUCACUGCUGCUUUUGCAUUUAACGGCACAGAAUUGGUAGGCUUGGCAGCGGCCGAAACAGAAAAUCCACAAAAGACUAUACCACGAGCAACCAAACAAGUCUUCUGGAGAAUAACUUUUUUCUACAUUGUUUCUUUAACCCUGGUCGGCUGUCUCGUUCCGUACACGUCUCCACGUCUGCUUCAAAAAUCAUCAUCGUACGACGCUUCUGCUUCCCCUUUUGUUAUUGCGAUGGAGAAUGCAGGCAUCAAAGUGUUGCCUUCCAUCUUCAAUGCAGUCAUUUUAUGUGCUGUUCUAUCCGUGGCCAAUUCGUCAGUCUAUGGAGCAUCUCGAACACUCUGUGGUCUUGCUGAUGUUGGUCAAGCACCGAAGAUUUUCGCUUAUGUCGAUCGAAAAGGUCGCCCUCUGACAGCUGUCGCUCUAUCCAUGCUCGUAGGCUUGGUUGCUUACGUGAAUUGUGCCGAAGUAGGCAUUCAAGUGUUCAACUGGCUCCUGGCUAUUUCUGGCUUGUCGGCUUUCUUCACCUGGGGUUCUAUAUGUGCUUGUCACAUUAUGUUUCGACGCGCGUGGAAAGUGCAAGGUCAUACAUUGGAUGAAUUGGUCUUCAAGGCACCGUUUGGCAUUUGGGGAAGCGUGUUUGGUCUUCUUCUCAACAUAUUAUGCCUUAUUGCUCAAUUUUAUAUCGCCAUAUUCCCCCAGGGAGAUCGUCCCAACGCAGAUUUGUUCUUCCAAGCAUACCUUGCUGCUCCCAUUAUCCUUCUAUUUUACCUUGUUCGGAAGAUAUGGAAGAAAACACCUUUUAUGACGCCGACAACAGUGGAUCUCGUCACAGGCAGACGUUUUAUCGAUACUGUCGAGAGCAUUGCUGAAGAAAGAGCGGAACGGAGGGCAUGGCCAUGGUGGAGGAAGAUGUAUUUCUUUUUGUGCUAA